AUGUCUUUAUUUGCUAGAAGGGUUUCCAUGGUGUGGGUGCUUAUGCUUUUUCUAUUAUGGACAAACAAUGCUGCGGUGGUGAAAGAACUCAGAAUUGUGGUCAGAAAUGCUUUGGCUGGAAAUUUGGACUUAACCGUUAGUUGCAACAAUAUUGAAGCUGCACAUCGCCUUAUCAAGCCUGAUUUGGUCUUUGAAUGGAUAUAUACUGGUGGUGUUUCACCAGCCAAACUACCAUUCCUUUGUUCCUUUCAAUGGCAAGGUUCCCUUCACUCGUUCAAUAUGUUCGAUCCUGUGUGGGAUUUUGAUUGCUAUCCACAGUGCCGUUGGUUUGUAAAACAAAGUGGACCAUGUAGGUGGUAUUAUGAUGGUGCUGCCACUUCUUUUCUUUGCUCUAAAUGGAAUAAUUAG